AUGACAGAUCUUGAUAACACGCAAAUAAUUACAGGCGAUGAUAGUCUUUUACAAAAUUCAUCAACAAUUGAAUCAGAAGCUUCACUAAAAAUUGUUAGUGGUGCUGAUUCAAAUAUAUAUCAAAUCGGAAAAGAAACAAUUAUUGGUCGAGCAAAUCCAUCGGACUUAAUUAUUUCUGCUCCAUCACUUUCAAAACAACAUGCAAAAAUAACUGUUAACAAUGGACAAUAUUUCAUUACCGAUCUCGGCAGUAGUAAUAAAACUUUCCAUAACAAAAUUCAACUUCAACCAAACGUUUGUUAUGCAUUACAUGAUGGUGAUGAAAUAAAAUUAGGUGAUAUUAUUUGUUUAUUUCAAGAACAACAAACACCAACGAAUAAAAAUACACUUUCUGAACCAACAUAUGAAACUUAUAUACCACCACUGAAUACCUUAGUUGAAGAGGAUUCAUCAUGGCCUUCGGACGAUGAUAUACCGCCACUGGUUAUUACAGAAACACAUGUUGAUGUGAUUCCAUCAACACAAACAAUACACGAUUCAUAUGACGAUCAAGAACCAACACAACCAAUGAAAAUUUGGAAUGGAAGUCCUAAUAAUACAAAUGGUCUUACUCGAACAAGUAUAAAAAAUUCUGAUGAUGAUAUAUUAAAACAAAAUGGUUUAAAUGAAUCAUCAUCAACUAAAUCUUCAUCAUUUAUUCCAUCAACAUUAUCAUCAAUAUUAAAUAAUGAUAAUGAUGAUGAUGAUGAUAGUUUGGUUAUUGGUGCAACAACAUUACCAGCAACUGUACCAUUCGUUAUUGAAUCAACACAAAUAAAUAAUAAUGAUCAAAUUGAAAUUAUUUCCUCAUCACGAACCGAACAAAUUAUUAAAGAUGAUAAUAAUCAAAUAACUAUUGAAACAACAACACAAAUUGAAAUUGAUAAAACUCAAUCAUACGCAUUUGAACCACCUACUGAAACUAUUUCUUCGAAUGAACAAAUUGUAACUGAUGUCACUGAAACAAAACGUAAAGAAGUUCAUCAAGUUGUUAUAGAUGAUGAUAAAAUGAUCGAAGAAAUUGUUACAACAACAACAACAACAACAACGACAACCACAACAACAGAUUUAUGUGAAAAUGAUGAUCUGCGAAUGGUAACACAAGCUUAUGAUCUUCAAUCAGCAAAUGAAGAAACUACUGCAGUUGUUGCUGAAAAUGAAAAUGUUCCAGUAGAAACACAAGCUUACGAUCUUCAACCGACAAAUGAAGAAAUAACGAAAACAUCUACUAUUGAAGAUAAUAAACCAGCAGUAGAUACUAUUCAACCAACAAAUGAAGAAAUUACUACAAAUCUUAGUGAAAAUGAAAAUCUUCCAAUGGAAACACAAGCUUAUGAUCUUGAACCGACAAAUGAUGAAACUACUAAAACAUCUACUAUUGAAAAGAAUAACCUACCAAUGGAAACAUUAGCUUAUGAUCUUGAGUCAACAAAUGAAGAAGCUCCUGCAGUUCUUACUGAAAAUGAAAAUCUUCCAAUAGAAACACAAGCUUAUGAUCUUGAACCAACAAAUGAAGAAGUUACAAAACCAUCUACUAUUGAAAUCCAAAAGCCACCAAUGGAAACAUUAGCUUAUGAUCUUCAAUCAGCAAAUGAAGAAACUACUACAGUUCUUAAUGAAAAUGAAAACCUUCCAGUAGAAACACAAGCUUAUGAUCUUGAACCAGCAAAUGAAGAAGUUAGAAAACCAUCUACUAUUGAAAUCCAAAAUCCACCAAUGGAAACAUUAGCUUAUGAUCUUCAGCCAGCAAAUGAAGAAACUACUACAGUUCUUAAUGAAAAUGAAAAUCUUCCAGUAGAAACACAAGCUUAUGAUCUUGAACCAACAAAUGAAGAACUUACGAAAACAUCUACUACUGAAGAUAAAUUGGUAGAAACUAUUCAACCUUCAGAUGAAGAAAUUUCUAAACCAACAACUAUUGAAGAUAAUAAUCCACCAGUCGAUAAUAUUCAACCGUCAAAUGAACAAAUUAAUAUAGAUACAACUGCACCUGCUCUAUGUACUGAUGCACAACAAUAUAAUGUUGAUGAACAAAUCGAUGAUUCAUCACCAAGACCAAGAUCGGAAACAUGUGGAGUUGUAACAAUGUCAACAUUAGUUGAGCAACUUUCACAUGUCGAUAAUACUGUUGAUGAUACAAUGCCUAAACAACAAAUUGAAGUUACUAUUGAUCAAAAUCUUGUUAAAGAAAGUACUGAAGAUGAACAAAUGGAUACCAAUGAAACAGAACUUCCAUCAAUAACCAUUAAUGAUGAACCAAUAAUAACGACCACAGACGCUAAAUCAGAAACAACAGCAAUUGAUGAACAACAAGAAAGUGUCAAUAAAAAAGAAGAUGAAAUUAUAUCAACAACCACUACAGAUACAAAGCCAAAUAAUACAACAGAUCAUACUGAUACGAAAGUUCAACCAACAACUAUGGAACCAGAAAAAACAUUGGAUACAUCUUUAACCACUACUCCAAUUGAAUCAGAACAAAAAAUAAAUGAAUCAAUUCCUACUUCUAUAUCUGAAGACGUACCGUCAUCAAAGCUUGAUACAACUGACAAACAACAAGAAGAAAUUGAAGGAGAUGGAGAAGAUGAAGAAGAAGGAGGAGACGAAACUGAAGAAUCCGCGCCUGUUUCAGGUCGUAAUCAACGUGGCAUUCCUCGACGAGCAGCUCGUCGUGCGCGCGGUCGUCGUGGUGGUGCAACACGAGCUCGUGUUGUUAGUACACGUAUACAUGGCGGACGUCGUAAUCCAAUUUUAUCAUCAACAACUGAUAAUCAAAAUACUAAUACAUCAUUAGAAGAAACAGUAAAUACUGAAACAGAAGAAUCACCACAAAAAUCUUCAACAAUUGAAAUUGAACAAAAAUUAAAUGACACACAACCAAUAACUCCAACGCCAACUGAUGAAACUUCAUCACCUAACCAAACAAAUGCUAACUCAAAUAUUCGAGUUUCAGCUCGAAUCAAAGCUCGUGCAUCAAGUGGUCGAAAUCGUCCAUUUCCAUAUACUGAUGAUUAUAUUGAUUUAGAUGAUUUUGAAAAACAAUCGAAAACUCCUAUUACACCACCAACAACAACCACGGCAGGUCGUCGAUCAACUCGCGGUGCACGUAGUUCAUCAACAUCGCAAAAACGUAUUAGUCUUCGACAACAACCAAUCGAUACAUCAGAAAGUCCAGAGGAAAAAACUAAAAAACAAAAAGAUAAUACUGAUAUUUACGAACAAAUGGAUACUGGUGGUGAAAAUGAAGAACCAACUUUAUUAACAAAAACCGCUGGACGAAAACGUAAAAGUACAACACCUGUUGCAUCGACUACUACAAAACGAACUCGUUCAACAACAACACCACAAACAACACAAACAACACCCGCAACGAAUACACGUCGUAAACAAACUUCUAAUACAGAUCAAUCAUCUCCACCUACUCCAGUUACACCAAAACGUGGUCGAAGAUCAAUAAAAUCAACUACACCAACUGAACAAUCACCAGAAGAACAAAUUUCAACUAAUGAUCGACCAGUUCGAAUAGCUCUUAGUAGUCAUUUGAAUUUUGAUCAAAAUCAUUUAGAUACAUUACGUAAAUUAGGUUUUGAAAUCAUGGAUGAAUCAUGUCAAGUUGAUGCAUUAGUUGUUGAUCGUAUAAGACGUACAAAAAAAUUCUUUAUGUGUCUUGCACGUGGUGCACAUAUAUUAUCACCAACAUGGAUUGAAACAAUGAUAAAAGAAAAUCGUUAUAUACCGUAUGAAAAAUAUUAUUUAGAAGAUACAAAUGCUGAAACACGUUAUGGUUUUCAAUUACGUGAAAGUGUUCGUUUAGCUAAACAACAUCCUAUAUUUGAAAAUUAUAAAAUUUUUUGUACAAAAGAUACAUCACCACCAUAUGAUGAUUUAAAAGAUAUAAUUGAAGCAGCUGGUGGAAAAUUUAUUGAAAAAAUUAAUUUAAAUAAACCAGGAAAAGAUUUAGUUUGUAUUGUUGCACAAGCCCAUAAAACUGAAUAUGAAGAUUUAUGUAAAAAAGGUGUACCUAUUGUAAGUGAAGAAUUUGCUUUAAGUGGAAUAUCAAAACAAAAACUUGAUUUUGAAGCAUUUUCUUUAUUUCAAAAUGUUGCUACGACAGUUAAACCAACUGGAAGUAAAUAA